AUGGCUGACAAAUGGGGUUCUGUCAUGUCAGCCUUUACCACGAAGAAUCAUUUGUCCCUUGAGACCACAGAGUUUUGGGUGGGAGAUAGGCAAGUCUUCGGCUCGAGAUUCGUUCUUGCACUAAUGGGGAGCGCGGGUUCAUUCUUGUCCACGCGGAGACCCAUGAGUCAACACCUGGUGGCCACGGGCCCGGCAGCGUCGCAGAGCACAGCGCUCCGACUCUGGCCAAAAAAGGGCAAGGCAGUGGCUCUCCAAGAUGCCCCGCAGGCGCGGGAGGCUUCUUCAAUUUUGGAUGAGAUGUCUCCACCGAAGAGGAAGCGCAAGCAGCCGGACGAGGAGGAACGCGGGCAAGCCCGAUCCCCAAACUAA